AUGGCGGCUGUAAGGCUUCGCAAAGCAUUUCGAUAUCCAGAAGACUCGGAUGAGGGCCGUGAAGAGCUCGAUGAGGAGGAACAGGAACAACUGAUCGAGCAGUUGCAGCGACAGAAUGAUGCCCGCAAUGCCCAAUAUCAUAUCAUCUUCACAAGUAUUCCGCUGCUUUCAACUAUUGCCUUCUUGCCGUCAGUCUUCGCAGCAUCGAGCCUGACCGAAUGGCUCCUAUCGAUCCUGGGAGUACUGUCCCUGUUAGGCACGGCCUAUACCAUGCGGUUGUCCCCUUUGCAUCCAGAUCGCAAGGGUAAGAAGCCUGUCACCGCUGAGAACGAGCGCAUCACUCGACUACAUUCGGCCCUUCUUCCUGUCAACGGGGCUGUAUGUCUGCUGUUGACUGCCGCUUACUUUUUCGCGGGGACGGGCCCAUCUUCCAUUCGACCUGUUCUGUAUCUGAUCCCUGGAGCCAUGCUCGCAGCUAUCUUGCUUGCCCGGGACAUGAUGCUCUCGGUGGAUCUCUCGGCCCUGAAGAAUCUGCAGUACGAGCACAAGGGCGCAUAG